UUCCCAUGAGCUCCUGCGACUGUGCGUCCGUUUGAUUCGAUCGCCAUUUUGGGAUUACGUUUGUAUUGAAUGCGACAGUUGCAAAAUUUUGUAGGGCACCAAAAUGUCUCGAUAUCGAGAUUCGGGGUCAUCUGAUGCUAAGUUAUAUGUUGGAGACUUAGGAUCGUCGGCGUCCAAACAGGAACUUGAAGAAGCGUUUUCGUAUUACGGCCCUUUGCGCAAUGUGUGGGUCGCUCGUAAUCCACCCGGCUUUGCGUUUGUGGAAUUUGAGGACGUGAGAGACGCAGAAGAUGCAAUUCGGGGAUUGGAUGGAAGAACUAUAUGUGGCAGAAGAGUUCGUGUAGAAAUGUCAAAUGGCAUAGGUGGCAAAGGUGGCCGAUUCAGAGGUUCAGUACCACGACGAGGUCGGCCAUUUCACCCAGAAGACAGGUGCUACGAAUGUGGGGAGCGAGGCCACUAUGCCCGUGAUUGCUACAGAUACCGUUCUCGUAGCAGUGGACGGCGCAGGUCAUACUCACGUAGUCGUUCACGUUCAAGAUCAAGAUCACGUAGCCGCAGCAGGUCACGAAGCCGUCGUUCAAGAACAAGAUCAAGAUCUCACAGCCGCUCGAAGACACCUAGGUCACGUUCUCGCACUCGCAGCCCAGCUCGUUCUAGGACACCGCGCUCACGAAGCCGCAGUGGAAGCAGGGCACGAGAUUCUCCUGAUCGCAAUGGGGAUGUUAACACAAAUGAACGGGAUUGAUUGCUUUGCUUUAACACUCAUCUUGGACCUUCUGGUGAUUGCUGGGAGGCAUCUAGACAGCUUGGAACUUCCAGAUUAUAUUUUUAAGUCACUCUUGUAAUGCUUUUAAAAUGUUCCAGCACUUGUUUGACUAAAGAAUGAAUUAGGCUAAGCUUUAUUACUUAAUGUUUCUCCAUAUGUUGUAUUGAGUACUACUUUUGCGGUACUCACUGUCAGUGUUAGAUUUGGACAUGCAUUUUGUAAACAGUGUACCUUUUAUAGGUUCCUGUGAACAAAUGCAGCAGGUUUGUAUUUAAAAACACAUUCUAUACUUUUCUUAUAAACUAUUGAGUGGUAUCAGCUCGUAUACUCACAUGAAGUAUAGUUUCCUAUAGUGUGAUUUGA